AUGCCACACUGCACCCCACAGGGAAUGAUGCCGGACGAAGUUGCUUACAACGUCGUUCUUGCCAGCCUCGCCAGGCUCGGGCAGAUCGAAAAAAUAGAGGCCUAUCUUGCACGCAUGCGGGCAGACGGCGGGCAGCCCAGCGGCGUGACGUACAACAUCCUGAUUGGUGCAUACGCGCUCGCCGGGCAGUUUGAAAAAACGGACGUGUGUAUCGAGGCGAUGCGGGAAGCAGGAGAAAAGUUUAAUGUGAAGACCUAUUGGGCCUUGAUGGGGCGAUAUGCGAAGCGAGGAGCGGUUGAGAGGUUUUCCAAAGUGUGGGAGGAGGUGAAGCAGGUUGGAUUGCCUCUGGACAGGAGCAUGUACCACUCGCUAAUCGAGGUGCACAGCCGAGCGGGAGACCUGGAGAAGGCCGAGCAGGCGUUCAACGAGAUGUGUGCGCUCAUGCCCCCCACCACUGCAUCCUUCAACGUGCUCCUGGCAGCUCUCAGUCAGGCAGGCAGGCCCGACAAGAUCCCGGCAGUGCUGCAGUCAAUGCAGCGGUGGGGGCGUCCCAAGGACCCCGGGACUUACGUGCGCCUCAUUUCCGCGAAUCUAAAAGCUGGCGACGAGGAGGGAGCCAUGAGGGCCCUGCGGGAAGCAGCAGCAGUGGGAAUGCACCCACUUCAUCGCACUCUAUCCCUCUGCAGCCCACCGUUCCAUGCCUUCCCUCUGCCAGCAGCAGCCGUGGGAAUGCAGCGGAUGGACCAGAAGCUGCCCUUCUCUGCCCUGCUUCAGUCGGUGUCUUGGGAUGAGUGCACUCUCUUAAAACCCACUGUACCGCACUGUACCCCACUGUGCCUGGCAGGCGACAAGGAGGGAGCCAUGAGGGCCCUGCGGGAAGCAGCAGCCGUGGGAAUGCAGAGGAACGACCAGAAGCUUCCCUUCUCUUCGCUGAUCCAAGUGCUCAUUCCCGCCCGCGACAAGGGCGACGUGGUUGGCGUGAAGGAGAUUAUCGGUCUCUCUCGUACCCUUUAUAAGAUGACUGAUCCGCGGCUGUUCCGCGACCUCAUUGUGACUAUAGUGAAUCGGUGGGAGAAGGAGAAGGGGGUGACGCAAAGGGAUGCUGGAGAGGAGGAGGGGCGGCUGGCGGAUAAGGAAGAAGAUCCUUCCUGGAAGCGUCUGGUUUCAGACAUUCGAGGGGUGCUCAAGGAUAUGAAGGAGUUGGGAAUCGAGCCGACCAAAAAAACAGUUCAAAUUCUUGAGUCUCAGGGACUGUCACAUUUAGUAUUGGAAACUGCGUGA